AUGGCCGAUAGGAACUACGCUUACGACCCGGUUGGGACCGGAGCGUCAGUCAACCAACAAUCGUACAGGAUGGAGGCGGGACAGUUGUGGCGACAGUAUGUGAUUGCAGGCGUCGCGAACAUCGCGAUCGCCUCCAUUGGUUAUUGUAUGGGAUGGACCUCCCCAAUUAAUAUCAAGAUGCAAGACAAAAAUCUGACAGACUCUCCACUACCAGCGCCAUUGACCACAGAUGAGUCUGCCUGGGUGGGCUCCCUCCUGCCCGUCGGAGCUAUAUUUGGUCCUUUCAUUGGUGGCUUAGCGGCUUCAAAGAUUGGACGUAAAUGGGGUCUCCUCAGUUCCGCCAUCCCACUGCUUGUGGGUUGGAUCCUGGUGACAGCUGCUACCAACGUGGGAUUUCUUUACGGCGGCAGAAUAUUCUGGGGUAUCUCCGUUGGGAUGUUGUUCACCAUAUCGCCAAUGUACUGUGCCGAAAUCGCUAGCGAUGACGUGCGAGGUGCUCUCGGAUCUUUUCUGCAGGCUUUCAUCACCCUCGGAUUCUUGUUAGUGUAUGGCAUCGGUCCCUUCACCUCGUACAGCAUAGUGGCCUACGUCGGCGUGGCAUUUGUGGCAGUGUUCGCGAUCUGUUUCUAUUUUAUGCCAGAGUCGCCCAUGUACCAUCUUAUUAAUAAUGAGCGAGAGUUGGCAGCAGAAUGCUUGAUGUGUAUACGUGGACGAUCCCGCGCGGGGGUUGAAUACGAGCUGAACCAAAUGGCUGCUGAUAUCAGCGCUUCAAUGAAAAAGACUGCAACGCCACAGCUAGCAGACGUCUUCCGUGGAAGCAACUUCAAGGCCUUCUACAUAUCAUGUGCGUUAGUGUUCUUCCAGCAGUUCAGCGGGAUCACCGCUGUCCUCUUCUACCUGAACACCAUAUUUAGCGUAACAGGUUCUGAUAUAGACCCGUCGAUCGCUACAAUUAUCAUUGGUGGCGUACAAGUGGUGGCUUCAAUGAUAACACCGCUGGUGGCUGAUAGACUAGGAAGACGUAUCCUGUUAUUAGUAUCCACUUGUGGCACUGCUAUUGGACUGGCGAGUGCAUAA